AUGCGGCUAAAACAGCCCAAUCUGUGUGAUCCAGACGUACGACAGCACUCUGGGUACGUUGACCUGGACGACGACAAACACGUGUUCUUCUGGUACUUUGGGUCACGGGUACGCCUGCAUCCAGAGUUCAAAAAGGAAAACGACAGCGUUCCAUUGGUGUUUUGGUUCUCGGGCGGGCCAGGCUGCUCAUCCCAGAUUGCCAACUGGCAAGAGAACGGACCGUGCCUGUACGUGCCAAGCGUGCGAUUCUCCAAGGACAUGUCGGAUAUCGCGCGCAAGGCACUGCCGCACCGGGUGGAGCGCAAUCCAUGGUCAUGGAAUUCUGUGGCCGAUAUUGUGUAUAUUGACCAGCCCGUAGGCACCGGAUUCUCACACGGAAAGAUGCCUAAUUCAACAGAGGCGGCGACAGACACGGCAUGGCGGACGAUGCAGGCGGUGUACGCGUUUCUGCAAGACGAGGCGUCCCGGAACGGCGAGCGGGCAAUAGACAACAUGCAUAUAUUUGGCGAAUCAUACGCGGGUCGGUACAUCCCUGUGUUCACUGAAUACCUUCUGCACAUGAACGACCAACUAGAGCAGUCAGAAGACCUGCGGCAGCGCGGAUUCCGACACCUUCCUCUGCGAGGAAUCGGCAUCGGCAAUGGUAUGUUUGAUUAUGCUCUGCAGACGCCAACGUACUACAAGAUAGGAUGUCGGUCGUCAUACCCGCCAAUGUUCAGUGCGCGGCAAUGCUCGAUCCUGAAGAACACGGUGAAUCCACAGUGCAUCCGCAUGCUGACAGAGUGUUAUGCGGCAAGCAAAGGGCAGAGCUCCGAGGGUAUGCGCCGCGAGGGGUGCGUGGGGAUUGAAAUGGAGCGCUGGCGACUCAGGGACGUGUCACAUACGAUGUGCGGCAGGGCGCGCGCAUGGUGCCCGACGACUACGUCAGUUUUUCUGCGUACCAGCGCGUUUGUCGAUGCCGUAGGGGCCUCCUCGUCAAUAACGUACCAGGAAUGCUCGGACUCUAUAUUCGAUCUGUUUGCAUCAACAACCGACGAGAUCUCGCGAUCGGCAAUCGUCCUCGCUGGAAUACAUCCUGGGCCGACAAUUGCCGGUGCUGCUGUAUAGUGGCGACGCUGACUUCAUAUGUAACUGGUACGGUACGGUCGCGGUUGCGAAAGCGCUUAACUGGCAAGGGAAAAGCAGGUUUGCGAACUCCAGGGUCAGCAAUUGGUCGUGGCCGGCUAAGAACGGGACUGGCGUUCCGGCUGGGCAGUUCUUGAAUGCCGAUAAUUUGACGUUUUUGAGGGUGUAUGAGGCCGGACACGAGGUGCCAUUCUAUCAGCCAGAGGCCUCGCUAUACAUGCUGAUGCAGUUUGUCACCCAGCAGCAUUUGUCAUAAGAUAGUUUUAUUUUCUCGUAUUGCAUUCAGUUUUACUUCUGUACAUGCGCCAGUGUCUGUGGAUAUGGUGUGCAGCUCGGAAAUUGGUGGCAGCAUAAACAAGCCUGUGUCACAGUCACAUGACAGUCGGUAAAGCUGGUUGGCUGGCGGCUGGCUGGCGGACAAGCAGCAGGGGAAUUUUUUUGCCAA